AAAUUCAAAUCUUUUAUUCCGAAGAGGAAGAGCAAAUUUCAACUGACAUUCUUGAUCAAGGGCUGAUGAGGGAGAUGCUUGUGGGGAAGAACCCAAGAGCGCAUUGUCAUUAUCGUAGCACUGGAUCCGUUCUUCUUGCUACUAGCUAGCUAGAUAGAUUUAGUAGGGUAGUUAUUUCUUGUGACAAGAUGUCUGAAGCAGGGGGAGGAGCCUUGUCUGCCACACUGAAUGCUCUAUUUGGCGCUGCUGGCAAUAGCAGCAGCAACAACAAUUCACAAAACUCCGUGUCUCGGUCGCUCAGCACGACUGCUAGCAUGGGGAUCAGUCUGAUCAUUAUCCGAAUUGUAGCUUCAGCAGUGCAGGCUGCCAGAGAAGACUUGGCAAACAGCACUGGUGGCCACAACAACAAUACGCAAGGUGGUGACGCUGUGACCCACAUGCUUCAUCGAGGAGAAAGCGUCCUCCAGUUCCUACGAUCUUUUCUGCACCGAAUGAUUGUACAACGACAAAACACCAUCACCAAUGGGACCAACAACAACAACAAACAAGAUGACGACGAUGAUGAUGAAGACAAUGUGCCAGUCAUUCAUGAGGGCUCUUGCCAUUGUCAGUCGGUGCACUUUGAGCUCAUUGCUCCACAAAAGAUCCUCUGCAAACUGGGGGAGGCUGCCAAAAUUCAGUUCCGACACAUCCGAGUCCGGGCCAAGAGCUUUCGGAUACUUAAGGGAGCUCAUCUAGUCAAGAUGUACUAUGUCAACAAACCAUCGUCCGUUUCACCUCAGGCACUAGAUACGGGAGCGCAUUCCUUUUGUUCUCGAUGUGGGGUGCACUUUCUCCAUGCACCAAACUCUCGGUCCACAGCUUUGGAUGUCAAUGUCGAUUGCUUGCACCUGGACGGCCCCAUAAAGGUGUGCGGCAAAACAACCAAUCUCUCCGUUGGAGUACCGGUUCCAGAUCAAUGGGAUCAAGCCGAAACGGAUGGGCUCAGUAGCUACAGCAAUCGGUAUCCAGCCACCAUUGCCGAAGAAACGUUACCCAUGAUGAUGAUGUUCCCCACAACAGCAGAAAGCACUCCCUCGCCUUCCUUUGCAAGCUAUCAGAACAAUCAUCAUAUGGCAAGAAACAGCCAUAACAGUUCAGCUUGGGACUCGUUUGACAAUAAGAGUGGCAGUAACAGUACCAUCGACCUAGUCUUUCCGGCUUCAUCCGCUGGAACCAAGAUGAUGCCACCACCACCCACACCGACCACCGUGUACACAUCCAAUACCGAGAGCUUUUACACGGCGGGGGGUCAACCCAACCACACUGGUGUUCCUCCCACAUUGACAUGGGACACUAGAGAUUGCACCAACGAUGCCGAAUCGGUCAUCUCCCUGUCCUCGGCCAAAGCAUUCCCGGCACUACGAACCGGGCUCGAUUCGUUUGGUGGUGGUGCCGCCGUCGAUCCCAUGGGCUCGCCUCCCAGUAAUGCUGCAAUAUCACCCAGCACCACGCCACUGGUAAGGCAUCAACUGAACUUUUACAUGAGAAAACACAUGUCCUCCUCGUCAUCCGUGGGGUCUUCUUCGUCCAUGAUCUCUCCCAGAAACAGCACUGUACAAAAAUCAACAACAAAGAGAGACUUUGUGGCUUCUUCCAACGAGGGAGGUGAACAGCAUCAACAACAAGAAGAUGUCAGCAGUUAACGUACGUAAUCAAUCAUAGAUAGUCGCUCUUUCUAGCUAGUUUGCUAAAAACAAAAGACUGGUAUAUUAUCCUGU